AUGGGUGAGGUCUACGUCGACCGGAAUGUUGACCACGAUUUUGAGGAAGUAUCUAACCCCGUUGCCCCGGAAGCCGUCCGGAUCGUCGAAGUGAAUGAUGGCGACGCCGAUCACACCUUCUCCCUAAAUGAAGCAGCGCUCGAGAAGGUGCUUCUCGACAAAAGAUACGCAGACAAAAAGGUCGCCGUGAUCGGUGUCGCUGGCGCCUACAGGAAAGGAAAAUCCUUUCUUCUCAAUUUCUUCCUGCGAUACCUCGAGGCGUUGGAGCGGAAUGACGGUCAAAAAGAGGGCAACUGGAUGCAGCCGGAAACACCGCUCAAGGGCUUCUCGUGGCGCGGCGGCAGCGAACGUGAAACGAACGGAAUUCUGAUUUGGGAACGUCCGUUCAUCGUCAAGGAUUUGCACGGCGAAGAGGUUGCCGUUCUGCUCAUGGACACACAGGGCGCUUUCGAUUCGCAGUCGACGGUGAAAGAUUGUGCCACAAUCUUUGCGCUAUCUACCAUGAUCAGCUCCGUUCAGAUUUACAACCUGACGCAAAACAUUCAAGAAGAUGAUCUCCAGCACCUGCAGCUGUUCACCGAGCAUGUCCCAAUUCAUGAGCCGAGUGUCUUUUUGCAGAGCCUCAUCUUCCUGGUGCGCGACUGGAGUUUCCCCUACGAAGCGGAAUUCGGGUUCAAUGGCGGCCAACGGACACUAGAGAAGCGAUUACAAGUUUCCGACAAGCAGCACCCGGAACUCCAGCAAUUGCGCACACACAUCCGGGCCUGUUUCGACGACAUUCAGUGCUUUUUGAUGCCACACCCCGGGCUGAAGGUGGCUACGAACCCAAAUUUCGAUGGGAAGCUGACUGAUAUCGAACCCGAAUUCCAACACUCGCUACACGCCCUGAUCCCGCGCAUCCUCGACGGGGCCAACCUGGUGCUGAAGGACAUCAAUGGGGGCAAAGUGACUUGCCGCGAGCUCGUCGAGUACUUCAAGGCCUACAUGAAGAUCUUCCAGGGCCAAGAGCUGCCCGAGCCGAAAUCUAUGCUAAUUGCGACUGCCGAGGCAAACAAUUUGGCUGCAGUCUCCAGCGCACGGGCGCUCUACAGCCGUAAUAUGGAAGAGGUGUGCGGUGGUGACAAGCCGUACAUGUCCACCUCCGAGCUGGGAGUGGAGCACGAGCGCUGCAGAAACGAGGCCAUUCGGGAAUUCCGAAAUGCGCGCAAGAUGGGUGGCGCCGACUUCAGCAUGCAAUUCCUUGACCGAUUGGAGCAGGACAUCGGGGAGACCUUCGAGAACUUCAAGAAGUCGAACGAGGGCAAGAACCUGUUCAAGUCGAUGCGUACGCCUGCAGUGCUCGUGUCGAUGAUGAUCGUCGACUACAUCAUCCAGCAGUUCUUCUACCUGAUUGGCUGCGACGGAAUCGCCGGCAUUUUCUCGUCCGUGUUCAUGAUCGUGCUGUUCGCUCUCUCCGCCUGGGCCUAUUCCCGUUAUUCGGGCAACCUUCGCGAAGUCGGUGGACAUGUGGACGAGGCGGUGAACUGGCUGUGGCGUGAGUUCAUCUCACCCAACACGCAGUACAUGGGCGCCCUCGGCGGUGCUGUGCAGCUGGGCGAGCAGCUCCAGAACGCGUCUCAACCGGCUCGGACAGAUCAACUGGGUCUGCCGUGCACCCGAACGUACACACCAGUGGCGUGGUGCGCAUUAGUGGGUGGUACGGCUUCAUCUUUGCCUCGAUCCGCCUUUCCGUCCGUUGCCUCCUCCAUUACAUCUUCGCAACUU